AUGUCGUCAAGAGCUUUAAUGAGAUUAAAUAGCGUCAUAGAAAGACUAGAAAAUACAUAUGCUUGCAUAUCAAGUCAAGAAGACGAAGAGUUUUACAGCGAUAAUUUCGAUUAUUCUUCCGAAAGUCAAUCAGGUCUUGAGUCACCUACAAUGUUAGGAGUUACUGCAGAAAGGCACGAAAAAUCACCAGAGAUGUUGAAUCUUGAAAACGAUCUAAAUACAAUACUGGAGCGCAUCGAUGAACUCGACGGAGCGUUCGCUGCUUCAGAGAAUCCUUACAAAAAAGAAUUCGCUUUUUUACUUUAG